AUGGAUCGCUGGUUAGCAACAGGGCAACUUGAAAGAAGCGAGAGUAGUAUUACAGAUACAGAAUCUACAAGUGAUCAUCCUGUUGCCAAACAAAAAAGAAAGGUCCGGCGAAAGUACAGCCAUGAGUAUCUGGGGUUGGGGUUUCAUUGGACUGGCUCCGAGGCUGAACCACUACCGCUGUGUCUGGUGUGCUUGGAGACACUGUCAAAUGAGGCUCUGAAGCCGUGUAAACUACGCCGUCAUCUGGAAACAAAACAUGGAAAGUAUGUCACCAAGCCUCUUCAGUUCUUUGAGAACAAGCUGAAGGAAUAUCAGAGCAAGAAAAAAGUAAUGGAAGGUCGGGCUAUGGGCAAUGACAACGCAAUUGCAGUGGAAACAUCGUACCUGCUGUCCGAGCUAAUCGCUAAGACCGGAAAACCACACACUGAUGGCGAAACUUUUCUUCUUCCAGGUACUAAAAUUAUAGUGGAGAAGAUGUUGGGAGAGAAGGCAUUACAGCCUAUUAAACUCAUUUCACUGUCGGACAAUACUGUCAAACGCAGAAUUGAUGACAUGGCAGACAAUGUGCUAGAUCAGCUGAUACAGGACGUGAAAGCAAGCCGUUUCUAUGCCAUCCAACUGGACGAAUCGACUGACAUUGCCAACUGGUCCAAAUGUGUUGGGCUGAGCACUGAUGGAGCGCGUGCGAUGCUGGGCCAGCACAGCGGAGUAGUCAGUCGAGUGAAAGCGGUGGCCCCUCUCGCCAGCUCUGUCCACUGCAGCAUACACCGCGAAGCCCUGGCUGCAAAGAAAAUGCCACUGGAGCUAAAGACUGUUUUAGACCAAGCAGUGAAAGCCGUGAACUUCAUCAAGAGCCGUCCACUGCAAUCACAUUUAUUUGGCGUGCUCUGUGGAGAGAUGGGCAGCGAUCACAAGCAGCUGUUGUUACACACUGAAGUGCGGUGGCUGUCCAGGGGCAAGGUGCUGACGCGCCUGUUCGAGCUUCGAGAUGAAGUGCGCCUGUUCUUCCUCAACUCAAAGUUUGAACUUGCACACUGCUUCAAUGAUUUUGAGUGGCUGGCUAAAUUGGCUUAUCUCGCCGACAUUUUCAGCCACUUGAAUAGUUUGAAUCUAGCUCUUCAGGGGUCAGCUGUCAGCGUGUUCAAUGUCCAGCACAAAGUGGAGGCAACCAUAAGAAAACUCGCGCAGUGGAAGAAGCGAGUCGACCAGGGGAAUUACGACUCCUUUGAAAACAUGUCAGAUUUUCUGACAAAGGAGGAGACACGGCUUCCCAACACCGUGACGAAUGCAGUGAAAGAGCACCUGGAGGGUUUGAAAACACAGCUGCGCGAAUACUUCCCUGCCCUCGACGCGCAGUGCAGUUGGAUCUAA